AUGACUUUAUUAUCCCCAUGGGGACAUGUAGGUUGCGGGUCUGUGCAUACAUAAAAACACAAAGAUAGACAAGGAAAUAUACAGACAAUAAAUACAGUUAGAGAAAGUGUAAUUCAUGAGCGAUCAGUGAUUAUCUGUACACUACAAUACUCACUGGACACAGAUGUCAGUUCAAAGGGCGAUUUACAUUUGGUUGAGUUGUCAACGUGAAUUCAACGCGUAAUGAACAAAAAUAAUUCACCAUGUCAUUGGAUUUAGGUUAAAAGUUGGGUGAAAAAAAAAUCGAAAUGGCCUUACCUUGAUGACUUUUGGCAAAUCCAAUUAGUUUUCCACGUCAUCACAUAUAUUUUUGGGGGUUGAAAUUAUGUGGAAAAAACGUUGAUUCAACCAGUUUUGCUCAGUGGGUAUACACAACAAAACACUAUGUCAACUACAAUGUUAGCUGUAGGCCAGCCCGCAGGUACCACUGGUCGUUUGAAACAUUCAGGAGCCUUACUGUCGCUGGGACAAAGGAUUGUUUGGCACUAUUACUUUAUGCCCUUGUGCCCUGUAUCGUCUUCCUGAGGGGACUAGCUCAAACUCCUGGUAAAGAGGAUGUCUGUGGUCCAUCAGUACAUUUCGGGCUUUUGUGCGGGCGCUUAUAUCAUAAAUGACCUCCAGACCUAUUGAUUGAAAUGCUAGUCCUUUGGUCAAGUCCAGAGGAUACAGAUAUUACACGUGUUGGCACGCCUCAAAUGCAUAAGGUUUUACCAAAGACGACAUCAAACCCUCAGGAAUACCAUAAAGCUUACAAGACGCAUGGAUUCAACGAGCACCCCCAGAUUAAAUGUCGAAAUGCACAUAGCAUCUUUAAAAUUGAUAUUGAAUCAGGUUAAUCCUUCGAUAGCAAUAUGUCACUUCUCUACAUUUUAACAACCAAUGCAAUUAUAUUUUUUUCUCUGACUUGCAGCAUAUAAGGGAAUUAAUUUUAGACCGACAUAGCGAUAAACCACCAAUGUCAAGCUUGAGGACAACUUGGAGUCUGUCCCUCACUCACACUCACACUCAUUCACUGAAUAACUCCUCGUGCUCGCGUACGCGCGUUCACACUGACUCGCACAUACACUCACACACCCCCUCUCAUUGCGCGCACACACACGCUCUCAUGCACGCGAAAGCUGUCAAUUUCUGCCGCUGGUCACGUGACCCACGCCUCCCUGGAAUGGAUGGAGAUUGCUCUCCACGUCAGCCGACGUCUAAAAAUUUCUGCCUCGCGAACCUGCUUCAAAGAGGCAAGAGCCAGGGCGCUCCAGAGCCAUGUAAAGGGCGGCUAUAGAGGCAUGACCCACAUAGAGUAGUAGAGUGAAGGAGUGAUGGAUUUUGACGAGCGGGUCCCCGUCGGUUCGAACAUGUAUUUGCCCAGUUGCACCUACUACGUCUCGGCGGGGGCAGACUUCUCUGGUCUACCCUCGUUUUUGUCCCAGACCCCGUCUACUCGGCCCAUGACAUAUUCGUACUCCUCUAACCUGCCUCAGGUCCAGCCGGUGAGAGAGGUGACGUUCAGGGACUAUGCCGCCAUUGACGCGUCCGGUAAAUGGUCACACCGGGGGAACCUGCCCCAGUUCUACCCCACCACGGAGGACAUGGUACAUCGGGACUGUCUGUCCUCGCAGCCCACCAUGGGGGAAAUGUUUGCCAAGAACAACCCUACCGCCGCUGCUGCGUAUCACCACCACUCCGGCGCGGGCUGUGCAGUGUCCAAUUUCUACGGGAACGUUGGCAGAAAUGGGGUGCUGCCCCAAGCCUUCGAUCAGUUUUUCGACACAGCGUACGCCAACGCCUCAGAAACACCGUCGUCUAACGACUACUCAGGGGACAAAACGGCAACCAAGCAGACAAGCUCCGCCGCAGAACACGCGCCCUCGUGCCGGGAAACGGAGGGGAAGGAGCCGCGCGAAGAUACGAGCAGCCCGGAGUCCUCUUCCGGCAACAAUGAGGAGAAAUCGAGCAGCAGCAAUGGACAGAGGACUCGUAAAAAAAGAUGUCCUUAUACAAAAUAUCAGAUCCGAGAACUGGAGAGGGAGUUCUUUUUCAGUGUGUAUAUCAACAAAGAGAAGAGACUGCAGCUCUCUCGUAUGCUGAACCUCACCGACCGCCAAGUGAAAAUCUGGUUUCAGAACCGAAGAAUGAAGGAAAAGAAAUUAAACAGAGACAGAUUACAGUAUUACACCACGAACCCGCUGCUUUAGGAGUGACUUGUCAUAUGCGUUUACAGACUUAUUGACUCGCUGUGGUCUCUUUCCCCUGACAUAUGUGUCAGCAACAACAACAACAGCAAUGGCUGUAGCUGCAACACGAUGCUCAACUGUUAAUUUCAAGUUCGUGGACAGGCAGCAGAAUCUCUCCUGAUUUCAAACCGUUUGAGAAUGAGCAUGAUUUAACUGACACACUGACGGCAUUUUGGCCAUCAGACUUUGUUAAAGAAAAUUAUUUCUGCGGAUGUUGCCCUCACCAAGACUAUGUUCUCUUUCUUGUGUAUCCUAAUAUUAUUGUGACACAGAGUCGCCUUCGUUUUCUUCUCACAAGGCGGAGAGCCAUCUACCAAUGACUGACCGGGGUGAAUAAACAAAUACAUCAAAAAAGCCUCUUGUAAAUUAGGUUUUCGGUUUUUAAGAUCGUACAAGUGGUGACGUGGUAGGACUAUAGGUUUCCUGUGACAGUGAAUAUGUAAUGUUGUGCAUUUAAUAAUGGAGGCUAGGACUUUGGUGUGACCAAAUAAUGAGACUUGGGAGGGUGAGAUUGUAAAGUGUCUUUUUUUGUAAGGUUAUUUAUUUUGUAGCCACUAAUUUCCUAAAGAAUAACAACUGCAAAGCUCGUAUCAGUAAAAUUAUAGGGAUUCGGUGUUAAAUUGUGUUGACCCCAAGCCGUGACUAAGUCAUUCUACCAUUGUAGUUUCAAAACAACACAUGUAAUCUGGCUGUUUAUAUUUUGUGUACUUGAUUACCACACCCAAUUUGGCUUUGAAUUUUAUGUUAAUGCACGGAAAACCCACAAUGAGAAGAAUGUUAACCCCAUACAGACAGAACCAGAUAUAAGCUUGUUUAAUAACCUCAUUGCUGUAGCAGCCUAUAGUCGAAUUGUUGCCUUGCGACAUGCGUGUAGAUAAUACAGGUAACGGACGCAACAACGCCGCAGUCUUUUGAUACCCAGAUUGAGAAAAUAUGGAUCCAGGUUUUGUCCAAAUAGGACGAAAUAUUUUUCCCAUUAUUCACAGGUCUUCAUGUUUUUCAUUGAAGUAACAUGAAUGUUAAAUGCGUUUUGAAUAUAUUGUCAGGGACAUAAUCUUGUAUCAACUGCUUGUUAUGUCCGACACAUUCUGUAUUAUCCUAUAUUUCCAAAUUAAAAAUGAGAAUAUUAUUGAAGGAAUGUACAAAUGUGACGGGUUAUUGUACUCAGACUCGAAACCGUUUUGAAAGCUGUUAUUUUCGCACACUUUACCUUCGCAUAGGCCUUUU